CUCGACUUCCGGUAUGGAAAGUGAAAAAAUCGAGGGGUCUCCAAAAGAGGAUUUUAACCCUUUGAUGGGACCAUUGAGUCCAAGAUUAGAUUCACUGCCAGACUUCCCUCAGGUGGACGACUCUCCCAGAGACCCUGAACACUAUUCUGGGCAAUACGAUGAUGAAUCUCCCUCCAGCUCUUUAGGGGGAUUUGGUGUAGACUAUGGCUCAACCCCACCAAUCAGUGGUCGCUAUAUGCGACGACAAAAAGACAAAUUUAAAGCUGAUAAAUACUCUAAACAGAAACUCACAUUGCAAGAUAUCCCUCCUGCGAAUGACCGUUCAGUACCUAAGUUGAAGAGUCCUAGAGGCUUCACUGGGACUACAUUUGAGGAGCUUGAAAAUCCUGAUUCAGAUGAGGAGGUCAAUGAAGAGAAGUGCAGCGUCAACCCUUUCAAUAAAAAGAAACGCCAUAGUUCCAAAACAUUUAAGCACACAAGAUCAUCUGAAAGAGAUUUGAAACUUAUGGCAGGGGAUUUUGUCGAAGGUGGUACAAGUUCUCUGCCAGCUGUAUCUGGUGAUUCGAACACUAUUAAAGUUGGAUCUUUGCACAAAUUUCAAUCAAUCAGCUCUAAACCACUUUCACAACAACCAGUUGAACCAAUCAGAAUGCCUGGUUUAUUGAGACGUCAGACUGUUGAACGAACGAUUGAAUGUCCUAAAAAUCGAGUGCUAUUUCACAAAGUAUUUUCAGCUGUUAUCAAUAUGGGAGUUAACAACAGAAAGGAACGUGACAAAAAGAUGUCUUCGGGGAGCCCAUAUAACCGCCAAUUGUCAUCAGAACAGGAAAUGUGGCAACAGCACGUAAAUGAUGCAAUAUGGCUGGAACUCCAAGCUUGGCAUAAUGGCAGAACAAUGCAAGCCCAGGACCACUAUCUCAUCAACAUGCGCAAUCAAAUUCCUGAAAUUCUAAAUUAUGUCAUGAAUUUCCGACUUCCCCGCCAGGGUGAAGUUUGUGACAGGGUAGUUGUGACUUCCCCCUCGGGAUCUAGGAGUCACACUCCGACUAUAUGUGUCACAGCAGAGAGUUUUACACAACGCAUACUAUACACGUCUAUACACGAGCAAAGAUGUGCCAUAAGACAUGUUAUCAAACUGUUCAAUGAUCUUGAAUCUAUGGAAAUAUUAUACCCAGCGUGUAAAUCAUUAGGCCAGUCUUUCGAACUGUACAAUAAUCCCGGGUUCAGAAGGAAAGUCGAUGCAUUACAAGUAUGGCUGAAUGUUACAAAGGAUCUAAGCCAUAAGAUAAAACUAAUGGGUCGUGUUCUUGGUGUCAAGGCGCAUGAUGUAUGGCCAAUAAUAGACAAAGACUGCCCAGUUAAUGAUGGUUCUGUUGAGAUGUCUACAUCAACGUCGGAGUCUGACUUCGAUGGAAUGGAGCAAGAUAAUCAAACUGAUGCUACAGCUGGAGGUUCUGACCAGCUCCCUAAAUUACAUCUUCAAACUCCCAAACAAGUACAUUUUACAGCAAGUUCUGAAGACGAGACACCAAGUCCAAAAAUUAACUUAAAUGACCCAUUUAAUUCAAGAACUCCUGGUUCUGAUUCAUCAACCCCUAUUAAAGGGGCAAACAGAUCUGCCUCGACCAACUCAUUCACAAUGUUGUCACGGACAUCAAGUGAUGUAAGCUUGGAUGAUUCAGGGACUACUUCAAUAUACAGACCAUAUGUGGAUAAAGCACUGAAGAAGAUGGGCAUGAAGAAAUUGUGCAAACGGUUACAAGUAUUACUAGAUAAGAGCCUGCAGAAGGCUAAAGAAGCUCUAGAAAGGCCAGCUAGAGCAUAUGAGGAACCCUCUGAAGGGUUAAAGCGAAAUUCCAGUUAUGCCACAUCCCCAACUCUCCACCCAGAUAUGGACUCCUAUAUUAAAAUGAGCCAUAGACGCAGCCUAGAUGUGGCAGUUGACUGGUAUGAUGAAAUGCUGAAGAUGGGAUUGCCUUCAUUCCAACCCUCUUAUCUAUUCCUGUUGCGUAUUCCCCUGGAUGUUAUACAUGAAUGUCUCAAGCUUCGUCUGGAACAGCAACCAGAUCUAGACCCCUCUCUACUGAGUCUCAGACAGUUGAUUCGGGAAUGUAAGGAUGUUCUUGAAGCAGGUGUUCUUGUGAAGCAUUACUAUCAGGAAAUGGUGUCUGCUGUUCUGAGAGAGGGAGGAGAACAACAAGAAGUGCUGGAUAUUUUGGAACAAUUUGACGAUGAUAUGAAACGUACACUAGAGAUGUAUUUCCGGUAUAUCCAUACUUGGAUACGAGGCAUCCAGAAGAUGGAAGAAGCCUCUCGUACAAUGAAGAAUGCCUUGGAAGAUGCCUGGCUUUUCACCAUUAAGAUAUGUCCGCAUGUCAGAGGAGGGGAGGCUGAGGCUGGAAAACGAUUCUGCCUGAUGGCCAGCAAUCUGUUUGACUCAAUAGCAGAUUACUUGGAGACUGGCAUGGACGAGUGCAUCAACCAGUUGUAUGAUAGCCAGACUGAUACUGCUGAACUUAUGGAGGAGGUCAAUAGGUCCAUGGAAGUCAGACAUGCUGUCAUCCAGACAUGUAGGGGCUUCAAAUCAUUGUUCCAUGAAACACGAGAACGAGCAUCAAAGGCUCUUGGAUUUGCUAAAAUGUUACGCAAGGAUCUAGAAAUAGCAGCUGACUUCAACAUCAUUGUGUCUCCUGGUGAAUUGUUGCAGAAACUUAAAGAUACUGGUCAUGUGCAGGUGCUGGCACGGCAUGACAUUGGAUCUCUGAUGUUUGUGCCACAACACAUCAAAACUGAUCUGAGCCAGAUUCAUCAAUUGCUUGACAUGACACGGGGCCGGGAAGAUCUUACGUCAUCAGGUGUAGAACAGGAUGGCUAUUUAAUUCUCGUCAAUCUUGAAGGAUGCACUGAGAAAGAUGUCGCCACAUGGUGUGGGGAAACCCUUCAUAUACAACCCACUGCAGAGACAUCUAUAUCGCUAUCUCACAUAGAGGUUGAGGGACUACUUCUUGUUGUACAACAUUCCUCCCAGCUCAGUAUCCUUAGGAAAGAGUUCCAAGCAGGGAUGGGCAAAACUGUCGAACUUGUCAACAUGCAGACGUCAUGUCACCAGGCUAUCGGAGAAUCUCUUGCAGAGUUGAGACAAUAUGCUAUAAAUCUACGUGAGAAGGUGGCCUCUGCUAUUAAGCAAGUUGAUGAGAAGUUGGACAUAAAUGACUUGUCUGAGAUGGAUGAGACGGAAAAGUAUACCAUCAUUAAGCUGAUUAGGGAGACUUUGCAUCAGUGCUAUAACUUUGGACUGGAGUACCACAAAGAACUGAGUCGCCUAGUAGCAGGGGAUAGCAGACAUGAUUUAGGACCACAGCUUCUUGACUUUGCACGUCAAUGGAUGGUAUUUGCUACGACAAAAUGUGAAAGGGGGCGGGGUUUGAGACCAAGAUGGGCCAAUCAUGGCUUAGAUUUUCUAUUGGUGAUCUGUGAUCCUUGUUUUACUGCUCCAUUGGAAGAAGAGGAAUUUUUGGAGCUGAAGAAAACAAUGGAUGACUGUAUAAAACAUUGUGUUGGUGACAGACAGUUUACACCCAACCCUACAUAUCCUAGCAGGUUGAACAGCCCUGAUGUAACAAACACAAAAGCUAUGUUUAGGAAUCUAUCCUGGCCAGAGCCAAUGCCACCAAAAGCUCAACGAUCUGUUUCAACUCGUUCAAUGCACAGUGAUCCCUCAACCCCAUUCCCUUUGGAUUCUAGUAAUCCAUUGUCCAACUCUCUUAUUGAAGAAGAUGAUGGUCACAGACCUGAUAACCUAAAAGAGCGAAUUAAACACAGCAUUGCUCAGUUUGAAAAUCAUCGUGACAACAAGAUGUUCAAGGCUGGUCUCAUUGGACGUGUCACGGAGAAGAAGAUUGAGGUGGAUUAUCAUAUCAAAGUGCGGAGAGUCAACUUUAAGUGGCAAAGAGGAAAUAAGAUAGGUGAGGGACAGUUUGGGAAGGUAUACACUGCAGUAAAUAUGGACACUGGAGAGCUAAUGGCAAUGAAAGAGAUUAAAUUCAAGCCGAAUGAUCACCAAGCUAUCAAAGAAAUAGCAGAUGAACUCAAGAUAUUUGAGGGUAUACGACACGAGAGUCUAGUCAGGCAUUAUGGGGUCGAAGUCUAUAAGGAUGAAAUGUUUGUUUUUAUGGAGUACUGCGAUGAGGGAACAAUAGAAGAAGCCUCUCGGCUAGUUCUGGAUGAACCAAUCAUUAGACAGUACACACGUGAGAUUUUAGUUGCAGUUAAUGUCUUACAUGACAACAGUAUUAUACACAGGGACAUAAAAGGGGCCAAUAUAUUCUUGACGUCCAAUGGUCCAUUGAAGUUAGGAGAUUUUGGAUGUUCAGUGCAAUUGAAGAGUCAGGCUACAAUAACAGGAGAGAUCAGUUCCAUGGCAGGCACCACAGCAUUUAUGGCACCAGAGGUGAUCACAAGGAACACUAGCCAGGGGCAUGGGAGAGCUGCAGAUAUAUGGAGUCUGGGGUGUGUUGUCAUAGAAAUGGCUACAGGGAAGAGACCAUGGCAUGAGCUUGAGAACACGUAUCAGAUCAUGUUCAAAGUGGGUAUGGGAUCAACGCCACCUAUACCAGAUAACUUGAGUGAAGAGGGAAAAGAUUUCCUCUCACAUUGCUUUGAGCAUGAGCCUAAGCAGCGUUGGAAGGCAGCAGAUUUGCUCAAUCAUCAGUUUGUGAAGGUUGUGGUUGAUGAGGACUCAGACUGAGAAAUAGUAUUUAUAUGACACACUUAAGCAUCAGUGUGUCAACAGAUUUCACCUACACAGGAAAUGAUGUCACAAUGACUUCAUGAAAUGAUGUCAUCACAUCUACAAGAUAAAUGUACUCUAUUUCUCUUACCUAUGAGAUAAAUGGACUCUAUUAU